AUGGCCCGUACAAUCACCUUGCUUACAGCGAAAUUAACGCAAUUUACGUUUGCCUCCGUCGACCCGGCAGAGCUUGAAAGUCUGAUCGAGAGACUAUUGAGCUCGGGAGCUCUGCAAGAGGAGUUAUUUGGAAACUCGCCAUCGUUAGAUCAAUUGCGUAAGGCUUGUCUACUCUCGUUUUACGAAUUCCACCAGUUUCCGGGACAGCAAGCAUGGAUGAGAAUUGCAAAGCUCGUUCGAAUAGCGUACUGGAUCGGCCUCGAUCGGUUUGACACUGGCCGAAGGGUCUUCCCAGGCAGACAAGACAUGAGCCAGAAUGAAAUCGACGACUGGCGACUUUUAUGGUGGUGCAUAUACCGCCUUGAUUCCUAUGCGAAUCUUGCCUCUGGAACGCCGUACAUGGUCGAGGAAGAAAACGUUCAUACCUCCCUACUCACAACUGCGGCAUCUUGCUUACAGAUGCCGGAUCAGUUUGCGGGACCAACAGAAGCACUCUUCCUGCCAUCCCGUUUGAGCUGCCUCAAAGACAUAUUGCCGUCCAUAACCUCAGAUUCUCAAGAGACAGCAGAGUUCAACCUUCACUUAGUUACCGUCACGGCCAUGCGGCGGGUGGGACGCGGUUUGCGACAAUACUUAUUAAAUAGAGAGAAAGCGGCGGAUACCACCAGCCCGAAGGACCUUCAGGACCAACUUUCUGUACUCAGGCUCUCUCUUCCGCCGCAUUUCCUCAAUCCUAUGCGCAACGCCCUGCAAAACGAGGCGCCCCUGAUGCACCAUGCUCGGAUGGUGACAAUUCUUCAUCUGCACAUGGCAAAACUCUUGAUUGCCAUAUUGAGCUGUGGCCACUGCGACGAAGGAGAGGAGUGGCUCCUCGCUUGGCAACACAUAUUGGAGACGGCGCAGGAUAUUGCGACCAUCUCGGCGCAGUGGAACCCAACGUAUUCACUCUGUGUAGAUCCGGCAAUCUGUUUCAUUAUUUUCACCGCACUUAUAUUCGUACAUCUUCAUUCAAAGUCACGCACAGUACUAUCAUCUCAUUCAGCCAGUCUUGAGCAUCAUGAAUCGGUACUGCUCUUGCAAUUGGAGCAGUUUGCGAGGACUUGGACUUUGUCGAGGUUGCUUAUCUUAUCGUUUAAAGGAGUGAAGGAAACCCUAAAGGGACCACUGCCAGAUCGACAUAUUCAGUACAUUAUCUCUCACUUUGAGGCACCACUUCAUCCCAGGUGGCUGCAGUUUCUGUCGUCUAUUCAGAUGAACCUUGAAAACUGUGUUUAG